AUGAGCAUGCCGAAACCUAAUCAAGUAGCAGUUAGAGACCUCGUUGAGGAAGCGAAGAAACGGAUUGUGAUUCUCAUCGUUUGCGUUGUUGGACUCUCCUAUCUCAUGUCAUUGACAAGCUCCUCAGUUUGGGUCAACUUACCUGCUGCAGCUUCCUUAAUUGUCAUUUUCCGUUAUUUAUCACUGGAUUAUGAAAUGAAGAGAAAAGCUGCAGCAUACAACAAUAAAGCAAGCUCCACCAGUAUUCAGUCUUCGAAGAAGCCUACCGAAAAUCCUAAAGCAGUUGCAAAAUUUGAGUGGCGAGCAAAAGUGAAUUCACCUGUUGUUGAGGAUGCAAUUGAUCACUUCACUAGACAUCUGGUUUCUGAGUGGGUAACAGAUCUUUGGUACUCUCGCUUAACACCGGACAAAGAGGCUCCUGAGGAGUUGGUGCAACUAAUUAAUGGUGUACUUGGUGAAAUUUCAGGACGCAUGAGAAAUAUAAAUCUGAUUGAUUUUUUGAUAAGGGAUCUUGUUAAUCUCAUUUGCACUCAUUUGGAGCUGUUCCGUGCUUCUAUCUCCAAGAUUGAAAAACAACAGUCAGGUUCAUUAACAAUUGAAAGUCGAGAUACGGAACUAAAAAUUGUGUUGGCUGCAGAAAACAAAUUACAUCCUGCUUUAUUCUCUUCUGAAGCUGAGCACAAGGUUUUGCAGCAUCUGAUGAGUGGUCUUAUGUCCGCCACUUUCAAGUCGGAGGAUUUGCAGUGUUCUUUCUUUCGAUAUACUGUCAGGGAGCUUCUUGCAUGUACUGUAAUACGACCUGUUCUAAAUUUAGCCAAUCCAAGAUUUAUUAAUGAAAGAAUUGAGUCUGUGGUAAUUAAUAAGACCAAGACUAACAAGGGGGUUGAUGCAGCUCAAGGGGUAUCCCACACUAAAGCAGAUGAGCCACAAACUUCAUCUGACCAUUUUUCCAAGUGUUUAGAUCCUUCCGUUACUGGUGUUGAGCUUACACAGCUAAAGAACAGUCAAUCCAGAAAUGCAGAGACACCUGCUGAAAGGAAUGCUUCUGAUAACCUUGCUAGGGACCCGUUGCUUUCAAUUGAUACUCGAUCUUCCCGUUCAUGGAACUCUUUACCUGGAAACUCUCAAAGUAAUGGUGACCAAGGUAUUCAACGAUAUCACUCUGGAGGAGAGUGGGGAGAUAUUUUAGAUGUCGUCUCUCGUAGAAAGACCCAAACUCUUGCUCCAGAACAUUUUGAGAAUGUGUGGGCAAAGGGAAAAAAUUACAAGAAAAAGGAUGGGGAGAACCAAUCGAAUGAACGAGUCCCACAACAUCCCCCAAUAGGAAAAUCACCCAAGGUAAAUCAUAUUAAGGCAAUAUCUGGACCAAAAGAAAAAGACAAAAAUGGAUCAACUCGUUCUUCAGUUACCUCGUAUAAAGAUGAUGAGCACAACCACAUUAAUAUGCAUACGACUGAAUCAGAGAGCAAUACGUCUUACACUUCUGAAGAUGAUGAAACUAGUAAUGUUACAGGUCUUGAUUCCCCUGGAACUAAGGUUUGGGAUGGAAGAAGUAUCAGAAACCAGGCUGUUUCUUAUGUUCAUCACCCACUUGAAAGUUUUGAUAACCACAGUACAAAGAAAAGGAAUAAGAACCGUUCCCGCUACCCGAGAUCAUUCAGAAGUCAGUCUGGCAGUAAAAGGUCUAGAUCAAGCGAUCAAAAGACACAGAUGUGGCAGGAAGUUGAGAGAUCAAGUUUUUUAUCUGGUGAUGGUCAAGACAUACUCGGCUCUUCAAAAUCACUUGUGAAUUCUGACGAGUCCUCCGAUGAGGUCGAUUUUGAAAGUUUGGGUAGAAUUUAUAGUGGAGCAGCCGCCUCUUCUUCAUCCUCUAUAUCCAAACCAGAAUCUUGUAGUUUGGCUGUUAAUCCUCUGAUAAGUUCUUCUUCCGUAGAUUCCUUUUACAAGUUGAGAUGUGAGGUCUUGGGUGCAAACAUUGUGAAGAGUGGUUCAAGAACAUUUGCCGUUUACUCCAUAUCCGUUACAGAUGUAAAUAAUAACAGUUGGUCAAUUAAAAGAAGGUUUCGUCAUUUUGAAGAGCUGCAUCGGCGCCUGAAAGAGUUCCCUGAGUAUAAUCUUCAUUUGCCACCAAAACAUUUUCUGUCAACUGGUUUAGAUGUAGCAGUCAUUCAAGAGCGGUGUGAAUUGCUUGAUAAAUAUUUGAAGAAACUUAUGCAGCUACCUAAAGUUUCAGAAUCAAUUGAAUUAUGGGACUUCCUGAGUGUUGAUUCUCAGACCUACAUAUUCUCAAAUUCUUUUUCUAUCAUGGAAACAUUACCAGUUGGCCUGGACUCUAAGUCACCUGAGAAGACUAAAAUCAGUUCCACUGUUUCUGCAUCCGGAAGUGGCCCUUUUGCCUUUCAGAGGGAAAACCAUAGUUCUGAAAGUAAAGAGGCUGUUUUGCGAAGAAGAAAUAAUGCUGUGGAUAAUGGAUUAAGGCCAAAAUUAAAUAACAUGCCUCUUUCUCUACCGACAAAAAAGAAUACACAAGAAUCUAGACAGUCAUUUGACAAUUCUGGAAGCAAUGCAGAUAUUCUAGCUCGGAAGAGUGCACCUUCUCCCAAUAACCCGCAGAAGUUAGUGAAAGGAAGAGAUAGGUCAGAUGAGGUCUCUGAUGUGAACCGUGAUACUGCUGACACUUUUCCAACAGAGUGGGUGCCACCAAAUUUAAGUGUACCCAUAUUGGAUCUCGUUGAUGUUAUCUUCCAGCUGCAAGACGGUGGAUGGAUUAGGAGGCAAGCUUUCUGGGUUGCAAAACAAGUCUUACAACUAGGGAUGGGCGAUGCCUUAGAUGAUUGGUUGUUAGAGAAAAUUCUGCUUCUCCGAAAGGGAUCAGUGAUUGCUUCAGGAGUCACACGAGUUGAGCAAAUACUCUGGCCUGAUGGAAUUUUCUUAACCAAGCAUCCAAAUAGACGACCACCGCCUACCAGUCCAUCUCAGAAUUCACCCAAUGGCCAUCAACCUUCACCAGUAUCUUCUCCAAGGAUGGAAGAUGAGCAAGCAGAGGCAGAUCGCCGCGCAAAGUUUGUAUACGAGCUAAUGAUUGAUCAAGCACCACCGGCAAUUGUAGGUCUUGUUGGAAAGAAGGAAUAUGAACAAUGUGCCAGGGAUCUUUAUUUUUUCCUUCAGUCAUCUGUUUGCUUGAAACUGCUGGCUUUUGACCUCCUGGAGAUGCUGCUUUUGUCAGCAUUUCCAGAACUUGACGAUGUAUUCAAGCAGCUGCAUGAUGAAAAGCAUAAAUUUGGUGAACUCGUAAAGUAA